AACUUUCUCGACUGAUGGCUUUUCAAUUGACCAGUCUGUAUGGUAAAACCGGCAGAUCAUUUUAAAGGUAUUGAUCAGGGUUUUCAGGUACCUAAAUCUCUUAAAGCCCCUUAAUUUUUUUUUUUGUUCAUGCCUUUUUUUUCAACAGACAUAUUACACAUACGCUACCACACACAUACACACAUACACUAUGGAUACAUACGACUGUUCGAGCAAUGCAGUGUGUCCCAGUAUUACACAUUUCCCAGGAUUCCAAACGGCACUACGAAAAAAACCACCGUUCGGCGUCCACGAGUUUCCUGUCUGGUUAGCAGCCAAGCACUGCCUCCUUGAAACAUGGCGAACGAAGAGUCCAAUGGAGGAUUACCUCACUUACCGUCUGGGGCAGCGGAAGUUGACAAGCUGAUCAAGGAAAACAGUGACUUGUUCUCUGACGCCCAAUGCAAAGUGUGCAGCGCCGUGUUGAUCUCCGACUCUCAAAAGCUUGCGCAUUACCAGAGCAAAAAGCAUGCUAACAAAGUGCGACGCUACAUGUUCAUCCACAAAGAUGACAACCCCCUUAUUAAACGGUUAAAAACUUCUACAACUGAAGAGCAGGAUAACAUUAACAGUGAAGGAGAUCGAUUGAAAGUCUGUCACAUCUGCAAUAUGACCUUCACUACGCCAGUGAUCGCGGAGUCACACUACCAAGGCAAAGUACACUCCAAAAACCUGAAGCUUAGGAUGGGCACCCCCACUAUCCAGCAACCAGUCUUACCUCAGGCCAAGAGUCAGGACCAGGCAAAGCCGGAUGCGCCAAAGCCGGAUGGGCCAAAGCAGGCGGUGGGCCUGGUCCAGGACGGCACCAUGAACGACCACUUCUGCAAACUGUGCAAUGCCACCUUCAACAACCCCCUGAUGGCCCAGCAGCACUAUGUGGGCAAGAAACACCAGAAGCAGAUGGCCAAGCCCAAGCCCAGCCAGGCCCAAGGCACCGCCUCCGUCUUGAAGGGAUACCCGUGUAAGGUGUGCAACAUAGAGCUGAACUCCCAGAAACAGUACGAAGCCCACAUCAGCGGCUCCAAACACAAGAACCAAGUUAAAUUGAUGGGAGAAGGUCAGGCCCCUGAGGCCACCCCAAGUGAAAACUCCACACCGCCCCCGGUGGUCAAUGAGCAGAACAGCGAGGAAGUGGCAGAGGAAGUGGCAGAGGAAGUGGCAGAGGAAGUGGCAGAGGCAGAGGAAGUGGCAAAGGCAGAGGCAGAGGCAGCUGUCAGUGAGUUCCAGGAGUGA